AUGGCGCUCGACCGGGACGGGACAGUGGGGUGUUCCCUGCAUAUCAUGGUAAAGUGUGGGGAUACCUAUUUUGACGAAGGGGUGGUGGGUUUGGAGGACUCGAAGUCCGAUGGUGAAGGACUUCAGUUUGAACUGAAGAGCCGUGCCCCCCUUUCUACGGUGGCUGCUGAUACCCAAGCUCAUGCUGGCCAUGUUCGACAAGUGGUCAGGGCGUUUGAAACAGGCAUGCUCAUUAACAAGGAUGGUGAGGGUUCUUCGUUUUGCCUUGAUACAAACCUUGGUUCAUUGGAGCUCGAUGCGAAGCUGCAUGAAGAUGAGCAAGAAAUGGUUGCCAAAUUGAAUGAAUAUGGGUCCAACCUGGUUGAUUCAUGGUUUGGAGGGAGGAAAAGAAUGUUGCAAGAGGUGGAUGGGGACAUUGGGGAUUACCCCACUCAAAAGAAGCAAUUUGUAGAAGUGUAG